AUGAAACUUUUAUACCCCACCUCUCUCAAACUCGACAUUCAGAGCCUCAAAGGCUUCGCGGUCACUCUCCACCCUUACGAUGUCAAGGUCCCCAUACCAGAAGAACUGAUCGACGCUGAAGUUAUGGUUACCUGGACCAACACCUCGGAAAACCUUACAGAUGCAGCUAAGCGCAUGAAGAAUCUUCGGUGGAUUCAAUCACUUGCUGCUGGUCCGAACGACGUCCUUGCGGGAGGUUUUGAUACGUCCAAGGUCAUUAUCACGACGGGGUCUGGUCUUCAUGAUGGACCGGUUGCAGAACAUACGCUUGGUCUGCUCCUCAGUGCCGCGCGAAGAUUCCAUGAAAUGCGUGACUAUCAAAAUCGUGGCAUAUGGCCUGGCCAUCUCGGCGGUUCGUUCCCGCGGAGCGACUUUACCACAUUGCAAGAUGCGCGCGUACUCAUCUGGGGUUUCGGGAAUAUUGCAAGGACAUUGGCUCCUUACUUGACUGCCCUAGGAGCUCAUGUACGCGGUAUCGCUCGACAUGCUGGCGUACGCUCCGGCAUUGAGGUAUUGAGCGAAGACAAGCUUCCUGAAUUACUCCCGGAAACAGAUGCUCUUGUUAUGAUCUUACCAGGGUCCGAGUCAACACGCGAUGCACUUAAUGCUGAGAGACUUAAGCUGCUGCCAAAGCAUGCAUGGGUUGUAAAUGUUGGUCGCGGUGUAUCGAUCGAUGAAGAUGCGUUGGUAGAUGCUUUGGAAAAGGGGGAGAUUGGAGGCGCUGCGUUGGAUGUCUUUAAGACAGAGCCCCUUCCAGAAUCUAGUCGAUUGUGGAAGGCGCCAAAUCUGAUCAUCUCGCCUCAUGCAGCAGGUGGACGACCACAGGGUUCCACUGAGUUGAUUGCAGAUAAUCUGCGACGGUUUCUGGGGUAUCAGAGUGACCUCUCUCUUGAUCACUGCAAGCGUGUUGCAUGGGCAUAA